AUGACGUUGAACGUUGGAACGGGUGCUCCCCCGUCUCUUCAUCAGCAGCAGACACACUCUCCUCAGAUUCUUGAACCAAGCAGUCCCUUGAGACGGUAUACAGUUGGCUCACCCAAAUCUUCAACUAUCAAGCCUGUUGCUUCGCCCGCUCCAACAUUUCCCUCACAACAAUUUCUUCCUUUACUGUCACCACAUCAAGAGCUUACAAUCCAGCCCCGUAGCUUCUCGACAGAACAAUCUCAACAGACUAGAGUCAAUUCUCAAUCUCGCAAAGUUUACCCUCCCGCUCGCCGACGGCAAAAUUCAAAGUCACCAGAGCGAAAUCGAGGAACUGGGGGGACGGUACAAGGGAAUGGGCGAAGGAGUUACCACAAUCAAACAGCUGGCUCAAAACAUAGCACACCGGCCAUGCAAGGAAGGAGGAAUGAAGGAGGACAGUCGAUAGCAAUUCAGAGGCCUUCAUUGAAGUACAAUCGAUCAAAUUCGUCAAUUCAAUCAAGCUCGUUGCCAUCAACGCCCAAUCAUAAUCCUCGCCAGUCGAACGGGCUUUCUCGAAGUCCUUCGCCAUCAUGCCCUCUUGAUUCCCCAAGAUCAGCACUAUCAGAACCCGUCACAGUAACCCCAUAUAAACCGCCAGUUAGCGGGUGUAUAUAUGAGACUGCAUUGGUCAACGCACGUAGGCGGAUGCCUUAUGCUCUUGUACUAAAACCAGAUAGUGGGAGCAAUGAGAGACGGAGGCGAUUUUUGGUCAAGCUUGAAAGGCUUCUGAAUGAUGAAUGGCCAGGCCAUGACAUAAAAGUGCACGCUUUUGGCUCAACAGAAAAUCAUCUCUGCAUGAGCGAUUCCGACGUGGAUGUGUGUAUAACAACAACUUGGAAAGAAUUCAACCACGUCUGUAGGCUGGCAAGAACACUUGCUAAACAUGGCAUGGAAAGAGUUGUUUGUGUUCCUGGAGCAAAAGUUCCUAUCGUAAAGGUAUGGGAUCCAGAAUACGAAGUUGCCUGCGACAUGAAUAUCAACAACACACUUGCCCUGGACAAUACCAAAAUGAUCAAGACCUAUGUUGAAAUCGAUGAUCGAGUUCGCCCCCUGGCAAUGAUUAUCAAACAUUGGACAAAACAAAGAUCGUUGAACGAUGCUGCUGGCGGUGGAACAUUAAGUUCAUACACGUGGAUUUGCAUGAUCUUAAACUUUCUUCAGACUAGAGACCCUCCUAUUCUCCCUUCAUUGCAUCAAAGGCCUCACAAGAAAAGGCCGCCUAUAAGUGGAGUCGACAUCUCAUUUGAUGAUGAUAUCGAAGCGUUGAGGGGGUUUGGCAUGAACAAUAAGGAAACCCUUGGCGAAUUGAUUUUUGCUUUUUUCAAGAAGUACGGGUAUGACUUGGAUUAUGAUACCAGUGUGAUAUCAGUAAGACAUGGGAAACUUUUGACAAAGGAAGAAAAAGAGUGGCAAUUCAAGCAAAAUAACAGACUCUGCGUUGAGGAACCAUUCAACACCUCUCGGAAUCUUGGAAACACUGCAGACGAUUACUCAUGGAGAGGUUUACAUCAAGAAUUUAGAAAAGUGUAUCAGAUUUUAGCAGAGAAAGCUGAUCUAGCUGCCUGCUUGGAACUCUUUGUAUUCCCACCCGAGGAACCACAUCUGCCGUUACCGUCACAUCCGCCCCAACAUCGUCCUAUAUCUAUCGCUAGAAGUAACUCGAGCCAUAUAAAGCGACGUGAGUUUAAUGGAAAUGGUGGAAGGGGAAGGGGACCGCAGUGGCACAAUAACAGCAACAAUAACCACAACAACCACAGUAACCACAAUAACCACAACAAUCACAAUAGUCACAAUCAUAACAGCCAUGGCAACCACAACAACAGGCCAAAUCAAAAUAAAAGGGCUUCUAAUGGGACUUAUGGCGCUCAGUUAUCUCAACAAUAUCUCCCGCAAGAUAUUUUUGGAUACAUACAUACACCACAAGACCAAAUCCUUGCUUUACAAGCACAAUUUCACCAAGCACACGUACGUGCCCAGGCGAUUGCUCAAGCACAGGCUGUUCAGCAUGCACAAGUCCACGCUCAGACGUACGGUCAACAGUCACAGUCAUCCGCAGCUUCCAUUAAUUCAUUGGGCUCUGCGCAAAAUCACCAAGACGCUCUUGCCUUACAUCCGUUGGCAUCUUAUGCGUAUUUUGCCCAGCUCUGGGGAAUGAAUCUCUAUUAUCCUGGUCCUUUACAUUCCGAAGGCUCUUCAACGCCAACGUCCCCGCAUAUUGCAAACGAUACCAGGAGCGGGCAUGGUCGAGGAAGGCGUCAAAAUGGGUAUAGUGCGGGCCCAAGAUCGCAAUCACAACCGCCUCCUGAUAUGUACCCAAACCCAGGUUACGGAAAUGGAACAUCUACAGUUGGAGCGCCUGGAUCGGAGGAUGAAGAUUUUGCCGAUCAUUCCUCAAACGGGAAUCCAGUAACACCUCCAGCAGAGGAACAAGAUGAGUAUGUGGGCUACUAUGACAUUGGUGGUUCACUACAACAUGUACCUGCUGUUGUAGAUUCAGUUGAGGAGGAGGAGGAGCCUUUUCUAGAACAAAAGAGCUUAGUAGACCGGCAAAAGCGUUUAUCGCAGGAGAAGCUACCAACGCCACUAUUAGGAACGUCACGAGAUGCAUCGGGUGCUCUUGGUUUGGAAAAUGCCUCUCCUUCUCGUGAUCGUUUAAAUGACCAUCGUGGUCCUGUGAUCGUCAAUGGGUCAAUUCCAGUGUCAUCCUCGACUUACACAGAUACUCCUUUCUCAAAUCUCUCACCCUCAUCGGAGACCCUUUAUUCCUACGAUGGAUCACCUCCAAGUAUAGAUUGUCAUGGAUCAGAUGGAACAUCAGAUGUAGCAGCCACGGAAUCUAAAGAAAGUUCUGGACACACUCAAUUAUAUGCCCAGAAGCUGUUGGAGGUGCAUACACAAGCGGCUGGUGGUCGCUCUGAGAAUGAUCCGACAGCUUCCAAUAUGGCUCAACAACACAUUGACACCUCGAUAUCCGACCCCAGUAUUCUAUCAUCGCCAAAAGCGGAAUCCCGCCCUUUACAGUUGAUUUCGGAUGAUGAAACAACUGAGCCUAGCAAUUCCACACGAUUAUCUCCCAAUCUUCGACAGCGUGCAGCUACUCAACAGUUACUUUGGAGUAACACUAGAGUCCCAGUAAUAGACACCUUGAAGCCUAAGGGUUGCGGCUUGCCCCAAGAGGAACUUGAUGUACCACCUACACCUGUACCUGAUGUCUUGGCGCCUUCACCGAUACCUAAAAAGGACGACAAGAAUGACGCUCCUACUAAACAGCAGCAUAAAAAUGGGCGCGGUCGUAAGCCAGUCCGAUCUAACAAUAGUUCGGAAAAACCUUCUCCAACUCCUACCGAAAAAUCGACUUCAAAAAAUGGAGCUGGUUCGAAGCAAAGGAAUGGAACGGCAAGUAGUGGCACUAAAGCAAAUGCCGGCCCAAGGUCCGGCGCAAAGAAUGGCUCAUGGGAACGGAUAGGAAAUACCGGCAAGGGAAGAAAGCCAGUGGUUCAGAAAACAGUAGAUUCCGUCCCAUUGAAUGAAAUCGAACGAAAGGGUGGCUGA